ACUAGACAACUGGUACUCAUACUACUCCUAUGUAUAUAUACACAAGUAAUGCAAAACAAAAAGGCAUACUGUUGUGUUGUCAUUGCAAGAAGCAAAGAUGGCAGUGUUGAGAGGCCGCUUAACACUAGUGCUCAUCCUCAGUCUCAACUGCUGCUUCUCCUUCCCCACAGUACUAUCCUCAGUUACUUCCGAUGGCUUCCUCCAAUGCCUGUCCGACAACAUACCUGUCGGGCUCAUCUACACUCAGGGCUCGAGCAACUUCACCGACGUGCUGGUGUCCUCCGUCCGGAACCCCCGGCUGUUCACCAGCGCCACGGUGAGGCCGCUCUGCAUCGUCACGCCCGUCGACGCAUCCCACGUGCAGGCUGCCGUGCGGUGCGGUCGCGCCAGUGGCGUGCGCCUCCGCGUGCGCAGCGGCGGGCACGACUACGAGGGCCUCUCGUACCGGUCGGAGCGGCCCGAGGUGUUCGGCGUCGUCGACCUGUCCAACCUCCGCGCCAUCACCGUGAGCGCCGACGACGACGAGCGGCCGGUGCCCCCCACGGCGCCAUCGGCAUGGGUUGACUCCGGCGCCACGCUCGGGGAGCUCUACUACACCGUCGCCAAGAACAACCCGGAGCUGGCGUUCCCGGCCGGCAUCUGCCCGACCAUAGGCGUCGGCGGGCACUUGAGCGGCGGCGGCAUCGGCAUGAUGAUGCGCAGGUUCGGCCUGUCCGUAGACAACGUCCUCGACGCCAAGCUUGUCAACGCCAGCGGCGACCUCGUCGACAGGGCCGCCAUGGGGGAGGACCACUUCUGGGCCAUACGGGGAGGCGGCGGCGAGAGCUUCGGCGUCGUGGUGUCGUGGAAGGUGGGCCUCGUCAAGGUCCCGUCCACAGUGACGGCGUUCAACAUCGUCAAGACGGUGGCGGAUCAGGGAGCCGUAGACGCCCUGACAAAGUGGCAGGACGUCGCGCCUGGCCUCCCGACCGACAUCACUAUCAGGGUCAUCAUCCAGGGACAGCGCGCGACGUUCCAGUCCCUGUACCUAGGCAGCUGCAGCGACCUCGUGCCAGUGCUUAACAGCUCCUUCCCGGAGCUAGGCAUGACGAGCGCCGACUGCCUCGAGAUGACCUGGCUGGAGUCGGCCGCCUUCUUCCAGUUCUGGAACCGCCGCACGCCGGUGGAGGCGCUGCUGGACCGGAAGACCAGCCUGAGCACCUUCACCAAGAACAAGUCCGACUACGUCCGGCGUGCCAUCGCCAAGGAAGCGUGGGAGAGCAUUUUCUCUUGGCUCACCAUGGAUGGUGCCGGGAUGAUCAUCCUCGAGCCCCACGGCGGGUUCAUCGGCACCGUCCCCGAUGGGGCCACGCCGUACCCGCACCGGAGCGGCGUGCUGUACAACAUCCAGUACAUCACGUUCUGGUCGGCGGGCGGCGAACAAGAAGGCGCCACGGCGACGGCCUGGAUCGGCAGCUUCUACGAAUUCAUGGAGCAGCACGUGAGCGAGAGCCCGAGGGAGGCGUACGUGAACUACCGGGACCUGGAUAUCGGCGAGAACGUGGUGGUCGACGACGUCAGCACGCUUGACAGCGGCAGGGUGUGGGGAGAGAAGUACUUCGCCGGAAACUUCCAGAGGCUCGCCGCGGUGAAAGGGGUGGUGGAUCCGACCGACUACUUCCGGAAUGAGCAGAGCAUUCCGCCACAGAGCACGGCGAGCAGGCGUCGUCCAGGGAUAUCGUUGGAUUGAAACAUGAGUCAGGCCUUAUUCGUUUAUGUGCAAUCGUUCGAGCUAAUCAAAGUUUAUAUAAAUUAGAGAAGCAAUCCGGUUAGGAAUCGUUUCGACCCACCAAUUCGGCACAAACGAACAAGGUCUUAGUGCUGGAUUCUGUGGAUCCUCCAUGUGAUAUUAGGGCUCGUUUGGAGCUCCGUUCCACAAUUCUCUAGCUCCGAGAGUCAAUUUUUUAAUAGAGUGAUUCUGAUUCUCUA